AUGUUUGAAGUUCAAAGUAUUGUGUUGAAAUCUUCCAAACGUUACGGAAGCAAUGUAAAUACUGGUCCCGCACGUGAAUUAAAAGAACAUCUUUCAUACAGUAUAAUCAAGUUGACGCCUGAUCAUAAUGACGAGCUGAAUAGUUUGGGUAGAACCGGUAGCUCUUCCUCAUUACGUUCCAGUGAUCCUAUACGUGUUCCACCAACUACUUCAAUCCGUCCUGUAAAUCAGUCCAUGAAUCAAGAACCUACAGGAUCUGUUGUUUCAGGAUCUUAUAUAUCAUCGAAAUCCAGAUCACAAAUUGGUUCAGUUGGAAACGUUUACCAAAAUAUAAUAAAGAGUACAAGGCAAAUGGAUCCAUGCGUUUAUAUGUCAUCAAAUAUGCAAACUGUCGAAAAUGGAUCGACUGUUUUGACUAAUAACAAUAGUAGAACUGGUAGCAUUUCAGGUUAUCAGCCAUCGGUAUUAUUAGCAAAGUCAACUCAAGGUACUCGUUCGCUCUACGCUCCUAGUCAUUUUAGAAUGUCAAGAAGCUUAAAAGCUUCCAAAGCUUCUCUGGCAACAUAUAAGAGUGGUAGAACAACAAUACAAGCUGAACAUCAUGAUCGUAAAGUCCAAAGAGAAAUAAAUUCAGUUAAGUUUGGUCGAGCAAAAAAACUAUAUUGGAUUGCAGUUGGAUUUUAUAUAAUGUUCUUACUGGUACUAUUCAUCGGUCUACUUAUCACAUGUUUACGGCAUGUUUACAUGAAUAUAAUCUUGUCAUUAGAUAUUGGUGAAUUAACUGGUCCUUUACUAAUUGCGUGUUCAUUUUUAUUCUUUGGUGCUGGAAUGAAAUUUUACUACGAUGCCUAUCGACUUGGCUCUGAAGAACGUAAACUCAUUAAGUAUAAAGCAGCUAGUCCAUCUACAGUAGCUGUAACCACUGUUGACCAACGAGUGACAGAUGGAGACGAAAAACUUGUCAGUGGACAAACAUCGAAAAAUGCUUUAAGUCGUGCUCCAAUCGGCUCAAGAACAACAUUAAUUAUGCCUUAA